AUGGGAGUGUACCAUCCAGGAGAAAAUAAUGAAACAAAUGUUAUGGAAUUCAUCCUUCUUGGCUUCCCUGGGACUCAGUAUCUGCAAACAGUCAUGUUCAUCCUCUUUCUAAUUAUGUAUAUCUUGACAGUUUUUGGAAAUGUGUCCAUCAUAAUUUUAGUGAAAACCAAUCGUCAACUUCAUACUCCUAUGUAUUUCUUCCUUUGCAAUCUUUCUUUCCUGGAGGUAUGGUACACCACAGCCUCUAUCCCCAAGAUCCUUGCUAUCUUCCUGGGGAAGAGCAGAAGCAUCUCUUUCACAGGUUGCAUCCUACAGUUGUACUUUGUCUUUUCAUUUGGGAGCACUGAACAAUUCCUGCUCUCUGUCAUGGCUUAUGACCGAUAUUUGGCCAUAUGUCACCCACUCCACUACAAUACAGUUAUGGACCUCAGCUCCUCUGGCAAGCUGGUAUUCGGUUCUUGGCUUUGUGGAUUCCUGGUUGUUGUUAUACCUGCUCUUCUGAUCUCAAGGUUGUCCUUCUGUGGAUCCAGUGUGAUUAACAACUUUUACUGCAGCAUUGACUCUUGGAUAGUUUUGUCCUGCACAGACACCUAUGUCAUUGAGAUAGUGUCUUUUGUCACAGCUGUCAUUGUCAUCAUAGGUUCAUGUCUGAUAACUUUUCUAUCCUACAUAUACAUUAUCUCCACCAUCCUGCACACCCCUUCUACCAAAGGAAGGCAAAAAGCCUUUUCCACAUGCUCCUCCCAUCUUGCCAUUUUGAUUAUUUGGUAUGGCUCCACCAUCUUUCUUUUUGUCAAACCUUCUAAGCAGACAUCUUUAGAAAUUACCAAAAUAGUGCACGUCCUCAGCCUCAUUGUGGUUCCUUUGCUGAAUCCUUUCAUCUACACACUAAGGAACAAAGAGGUAAAGGGUGCUUUGAGAAAUUUAUUGCACUGGGGAUGUGACAAUACUCUUAUUGUGUGUUUGGGAGAGAGAGAUAUCAUCAGAUAA